AUGUGUGUUCUCAAUGUACUGAACCAAAUAGAAUCACACACCCUCAGUGACUGCAGUUUUACUGACUAUUGUACUCUCUCUACAGCUCUUUCUCCAGAUGAAAUUCCUGAUAUACCAAUCCCACUGCUCAAAAUUCUCAUUGGAAUAAGUAUUGUCUUGAGUGUGACAGGAUUUGUGUCCCUAAUCUAUGGUGCCAGGAAAGAGAUUAACAUGCAGAAAAAAAGGGACGAACUGCAGGAGAAGCUAAAGAACACAAAACUUUUCUAUUCAGAUUUUGGUCCAGAUAAACCUGGCUACAAAUUUAUCAUGGAGUCUCCUGGCGAGAAACAUACCUUCAUCUUUCUGCCUGGAGUGACUGAUUUACCUAAAAAUGUGGUUACUGAAAUAAUAGCAGAAGCAAUUAAGGCUCAGGAAGGGAUAUCUAAAACAGAUAACAAAGAAAAUAAUCCCAAUCCUGUGAUAAUUGAAGAACCACAGGAGGAGAUAACUGAGCCACAGGUUAUUGAGCCACAGGUUAUUGAGCCAACUGAGGAGCUUCAAGAAGUUGUAGUUGAAACCAAAGAAGAAAAGAAAAAGAAAUGGCGACGUUUCCCUUUUUCAAAGGGAAAAGGAAAAAAAGCUUUGGAUAUUGAAGCGUCUCAGAAGAACACUAAUGAGCCACAGAUUAUCAUGCCAACAGAGGAGCUUCAAGAAAUUGUAGUUGACACCAAGGAAAAAAAGAAAAAGAAACGGCGACUUUCCCUUUUUUCAAAGGGAAAAGGAAAAAAAGCUGUGAAUAAGGAGAAGAUUAAUGAUCCAGAAGAGGAGCUUCAAGAGAAGCCAGAGCAAGAAACCAAAGUAAAAGAAAACAAUGCUGAAAUAGAUUUAGAGAAAGGAAAGGAAGAAGUCGCGGUUGAAACCAAAAAAGAAAAGAAAAAGAAAUGGCGAUUUUGGUAUAAGAAGAACAAAAAGGAAAUGGAUGUUACUGAUCUUCCUUAAACAAUAGUUAAGAAGUUAAGGCACGUGGGACAUUCACCAACUUUUAUGCUGCUACUUGUACCUUUCAUCAAGAAGCCACUACCUACCUCAGAUCGUUUCCUAUUUAUUUGAAUGGGAAGCGGGGUCAUCAGUCACCUAUGUAGGGGAC